AUGGAUUCUUAAAAGUUAAAUAAGAUAAUUGUAGUUGGAGACAGCUGUGAAGAUCUCUUUUUCAAAGUUGACAGGAUACCUGCAGUUGGAGAGACUCUUGAUGCUUAGGGCUCUUCCAAAUCUUUUGGGGGUAAAGGAGCUAAUCAGGCAGUUGGAGUGGCAAGACUUGGCUAUCAAGUUGAAAUGCUUUCAUAACUUGGUAAUGAUUCACAAGGUAGACAACUUAAAGCAUUGUUUGAGGAGUACGGAGUUCAAACCUAUAAUAUGAAGUUACUGGAUAGUGUAGACACGGGAAUAGGAUUUAUUCUUCAACUGAGAUCUGGCAAUAAUGUUGUGAUCUCAGUGGGAGGAGCUAACACAGCUUAUGAUAAAGAUAUGACUACAUUUGACUCUGAAUGGGUCUAGGCAAUCUAAAGUUCAAAGAUUUUACUGCUUUAGAGAUUAAUCCCAGACUAUGUGAAUCUAGUAGCAGCUAAGAUUGCUAAAGAAGCAGGAGUUACUGUUAUUCUUGACGUUGGUGGAAUGCAAUCACAUGUUCUUCCUGAACUGAUUAAGUUCGUUGAUUAUAUCUCUCCAAAUGAAACUGAAGUUGCAAGAAUGCUUGGCUUAUAGCUUACUGGUGACAAAGCUGAAUUAGAUUAGGAACUAGAAAGAUUUAUUAGAAAGUAUCCUCAUGUUAAAGUUGUACUCAAGUUGGGUGAGAAAGGCUGCUCUUAUUUAUGGCUUGAAAAUGAUGAGAUUAAAUCUAUUUCAAAGGUAGCUUAUAGUUUCAGUGAUUAUCCAGAACUUCAAUUGGCUGAUACUGCUGGAGCAGGUGAUAGCUACAUGGCUGGUUUUGCCUGUAAAUUACUCGAUGAAUGCUCAAUUGAAGAGUGUAUGGAAUAUGGGAAUAAGUGUGGAUUCUUGUGUGUUAGUAAGGCUGGAACUAUGAAUGCAGUUCCAUCAAAAGAAGAAAUAGAAAAAACCUUCUCUAAAUGA